AACACGACUAUUGCACGUGUGUUUUCGUUCCUCGGCAGUCGUUAAACGUGUUAUUGUUUCAUAGCAUUAUAUUGUAACGUUAACUGUAAUCUGCGAAAAGUAAUGGGUUUUCCAGGGUUUAGUCCAAGAGGAGGAGGAGGGAGAGGCGGUGGCCGAGGCGGAGGACGAGGAGGGUUUGGAGACCGUGGUGGAAGAGGAGGAAGUCGUGGGCGUGGAGGUUUCGGGGAUCGUGGAGGGGGGCGUGGAGGAGGGCGUGGCGGUUUCGGGGAUCGUGGAAGGGGCGGAGGACGUGGACGAGGUGGUCGUGGAGGCGGCCGCGGUGGAAUGGCUGGUGGUAGACAGGUUAUCAUUGAACCUCAUAGACACGAAGGUGUAUUCAUUGCACGUGGCAAAGAGGACGCACUUGUUACGAAAAACUUGGUCCCUGGGGAUGCCGUCUAUGGGGAAAAGAGGAUAUCGACGGAAGUUCCAAUUGCCACGGGCACCGAGAAGGUUGAAUACAGAGUGUGGAAUCCGUUCAGGUCCAAGUUAGCCGCAGCAAUUCUCGGUGGCGUCGACAAAAUCUAUAUUGCACCCGGAUCAAAGGUUCUCUAUCUAGGAGCGGCAUCUGGAACGACAGUAUCGCACGUGUCCGACAUUGUUGGUCCGGAGGGGCUCGUGUACGCCGUGGAGUUCUCUCACAGGUCCGGUCGCGAUCUCAUCAAUGUCGCCAAGAAGCGCACGAACAUCAUUCCGAUCAUCGAGGACGCGCGACACCCACACAAAUACCGCAUGCUCAUGGGCAUGGUUGACACAGUGUUUGCAGACGUUGCACAGCCCGACCAGGCUCGUAUCGUAGCAAUUAAUGCACACAACUUCUUGAAGAACGGAGGCCACUUUGUCAUAUCAAUCAAG